GGUGGAAAAACGGGAGAACGUACGAGAACUUGGGAACACGUUUUUCACGUGGAGUGCACUGAUAGUUGGAUUGAUCAAGGCAGGGGAACUUGCCCUGUUUGCAGAGCUAAGCUUUUUGGUGGAGAUGAAUUUAGGUCUGCAAAUUAUGAUCCAUCGAGAUCAGAGCGAAUGAUUUAUUUGUUUGGAGAAGAUUGUGUCAUGUAAUUUUUUUUUUUUUUUUGUUAUAUAUAUUUGACUAUAUAUCUUUUCAACAUAUUUAAUUGGAAUAAUAAACAACAAAAAGUCAGAAAAAUGCUAAAUAUCUGAUCCUAAUUAAACCUUCAAUUCCAUCCUCUUAUUUUCCAAUUCACCCAAAUUAAAUUUCUCAAAAUCAAAGAAUCAGAUAAUAUGCAUCCCAAAUCACCACCAACUCACAGCUCGUGCACAAUCACCCCAACCUGACAUGCCGCCGCCUCCACCACCGCAAGCACCACUUCCGCCGCCGCACCACCACCUCCUCCUGAAGAAAGCCACGUCACUACCCGACGUAAUCUUCACCGCCGUCUCCUUUCUCGUCCUCUUCUCCACUUCUCCCAAACCCAAUUCCCUCAUAUUCCUUCCCAACAGCAACAACAACAAACUCUCUUUACCCUCAAACCUCCGUAAAUUCCCUAAAAUGUCCAAUCCCUUUCAAACCUCUCCAAACCCUAGAAACUCCGGCCGCCUCCAGCCUCCCUUCGCCACGCCGCAAUCCCUCUCCGAUUGGCUCAAGCCGCGGCUCGCCGCCGAUUCAUUCGGCUCCUGGGGGGUGAAGCCUGGCACCAAAAAUAUCCACAAUUUAUGGCUCGAGAUCGCGGAAGGUGAGACCUUUCUCGCCGAUUCAAUCCCUCCGGUUCGUACGGUCGAGGUUGUGAUUGUGAGAGUCAUCCGUAAUGACGGAAAGAUCCUCAUAGAAUCGCACCAGGAGCUAUCGAACGGCGCCGUCAGGCACCGCGGCCGCCCUCUGUCUGAAAAAAUGAAACCCGGCGAAUCAGUUGACGCCGCCGUUCACCGCGCCGUGAAAGAGGAAUUAGGUUCGUUGGUAACAAAAACUGAGUCUCUCGAAACCGUUAGUCAAAGUGACGGUGUUAGUGGAAUUAACGGAAGGGUAAAAAUCUUGCCUGGAUCGUACGUGAAGAAGGUGGAGGAGAGAGUUUCUGCAUCGUACCCUGGAUUGCCAGCUUGUUAUGUAUUGCACACGGUGGAUGCUGACGUGGAGGGUUUGCCUGAAGGGGAAUUCUGUACUGAGGAAUUGGAUGAGUAUGAUGGGAGUUUGAACGAGAGAGAUGUGGCCGAUCGUGCGGUUUCGUGUAGGAAACAUUAUUGGAAGUGGGUCGAUCCCGAUUCGAUUUGAGAAUUUUUUCUUUUUCUGUAAAAUAACAGGUGAGUUUUUCAGCUUCUCGUUACAGAUUGAGUUUGGACAGAGAAUUAUAGAUAGUGCUAUUUGUUAACAGUAUUGUUGUUCGUGACAGUUCUAUAUAUGUUAUUACGAAGAUUGAAAUUUUGAUUGUUUGGAAUAUGGCAAUGUAACUGAAUUCAAGGAUGAUUGGAGGAUGAAUACUCGAAUUCGUUUCGUUAAUCAUUGAGCAAUGUUCGAUUAUGUGACUGGUUCUUGAGUUCCAAAUAAUAUAAGGAUAAUAGAACUGCUU